AUGCCAAAGAAAAGUACUAAAAAAGAAAAGGAGCAGUGGAAAGGAGAAGAUGAUGAUGAGACAAGUCUUGCCAAAGGAAUAAGCAAACUGUCAACUGAAGAUGAUGAGAAUGAUGCUGGAUCAAAAGCAAAGAAAAAGGAAAAGAAAAAAAAGACAAGCAAACUGGACAAGCUCAAAGAAGAGAUGAUAGCUGGAGAAAAGGAAAAAGAAGAAGAAAAGAAGCAGGAAAAAAAGCAGGAACAGGUAAAAGAAGCUAAAGUAAAGAAAGAAAUUGAUCACAGCCCUGAAGAGAAUGGACUAGAUGAGGAGGAGGAAGAAGAGAACAGAGAUGCUCUUGCUCUUGAGGAAAAUGGAACUAGCAGCACAUCUACAGAGGUGGAAGAGGCCAAACCUAAACUCAGCAAGAAAGAACUAAAGAAACUGAAAAAGAAGAUGGAAUAUUCAAAAGCCUUGGAGGAAAUGGAAGAGGAUGGACAGUUUGCAGUGACACAGAUAGAAACCUCAAAGAAGGAUACGGCAGUUCUGGAUAAUCAGUUGGAUAUUAAGGUGGAGAAGUUCAGCAUCUCUGCCAGGGGCAAAGACUUGUUUGUGAAUGCUGACUUGCAUAUUACCCAUGGCCGGAGAUAUGGUCUUGUUGGACCUAAUGGACAUGGCAAAACAACGCUGCUGAAACACAUGGCCAGUAGAGCCCUCAACAUCCCUGCAAACAUAGACUGUUUGUACUGUGAGCAGGAGGUUAUUGCUGAUGAGACAAAAGCUAUUGAUGCAGUUCUAAAAGCAGAUAAGAAACGAACAGCCCUCUUGGCAGAGGAGAAAGACCUCAUUUCAAAAAUCACAGAAGGGGGGCGUGAAAUCACAGAUAGACUGAAGGAUGUUUACGAAGAACUGCGAGCAAUUAAUGCUGAUGCUGCAGAACCCAAGGCAAGGAGGAUUUUGGCCGGUUUGGGUUUCACGAAGGAGAUGAUGAGCAGAGCAACUAAAGAUUUGUCUGGUGGUUGGAGAAUGAGAGUUUCUCUCGCUAGGGCACUCUUCAUGGAACCAACUCUGCUGAUGUUGGAUGAGCCUACCAAUCACUUGGAUCUUAAUGCUGUUAUUUGGCUGGACAACUAUCUGCAGCAAUGGAAAAAGACCCUCCUUGUGGUUUCCCACGACCAGAGUUUCUUAGACAAUGUCUGCACAGACAUCAUCCAUCUGGAUCAGCAGAAACUCUACUACUACAGGGGCAAUUAUGCGACAUUCAAGAAAAUGUUUGUACAGAAGCGGAAAGAACAGAUUCGAGAUUAUGACAAGCAGGAGAAAAAGCUGAAGGACAUGAAAGCAUCUGGCAAGUCAACUAAACAAGCUGAAACCAAACAAAAAGAAGCCCUGACCCGCAAGCAAGAGAAGGGCAAGAAGAAACAGAGCCAGUUUGAGGAUGAAGAUACCAAGACAGAACUGCUGGCCAAGCCUAGAGAUUACAUUGUGAAAUUCUCUUUCCCCAACCCAGCCCCACUGAACCCUCCCAUCUUGGGUGUCUACAAUGUGACUUUUGGCUACCCAGGUCAGAAUCUUCUGUUCAAGGAUUUGGAUUUUGGUAUAGACAUGACCUCGAGAGUUGCCAUUGUGGGACCCAAUGGUGUAGGCAAAAGUACAUUCCUGAAACUUUUGACAGGAGAAAUACAACCUCAAAUUGGAGAGAGAAGGAAGAACCACAGACUGCGAAUUGGCAAAUAUGAUCAGCAUUCUGCAGACCAACUCAACCUGGAUGAGUCGCCUACAGAGUAUUUGAUGCGGCUGUUUAACCUGCAGUACCAAGAUGCCAGGAAAAAACUGGGGAAGUUUGGCCUUGCCUCACAUGCACACACAAUCACUAACAGAGAUCUUUCUGGUGGUCAGAGGGCCAGAGUGGCCUUGGCUGAGCUGUCCUGUCGGGCUCCAGAUGUUCUCAUACUGGAUGAACCCACAAACAACCUUGACAUUGAGUCAAUUGAUGCACUGGCAGAUGCCAUCAGGGAUUUCACUGGAGGUGUCAUCAUUGUCAGCCACGACGAGAGGCUUAUCAGGGACACUGACUGUCAGUUGUGGGUUGUGGAGAACAAGACAAUCAACGAGAUUGAUGGCGACUUUGAUGACUACAGACGGGAACUGCUCGAAGCACUUGGAGAGAACAUUGCACAUGCUGCAGCAGCUUCAGCUCCAUCUGCAACGUGA